AUGUCUAGGAAAUCUAGAAAGGAUACUACCUCAUCAUCAUCUCCAAUGAACAAUGACGAAUUUAUGACAGGUGACAUGACAUCACUCAAACGAGCAUUGUCAGUUCAAGAUAUCUACAGUAUUGAUGGUGAUCAAGACCAUAGUGGGGAUGAUAACCAUGACCACGACCAUGACCACGACCACGAACAUGAACAACACCAACAACACAAUGAUCAAGACCAAGCCAGACCAAGGAAACGUGCCAAAUAUCAAAUUGUACCAAAGACUUACAAGUGUGUUUGUGGCGCCACGUCUCCUGGAAAGGGUCCAACUUGCAAGUGGCGCAAGGGUACCAAUGGCGAGGUGUUGUGUAAUAGUUGUGGUCUACAGAGUAUGAAGAAGCCUAAAUGUCCAUACUGCGCCAAGGUAUAUGUAAAGGAGGAGGCCGAGGCAGACAAUGUUGACUGGCUCAGAUGCUGGACAUGUGAUCAAUGGGUGAUGUCCAAGUGUGACAGUGUGACCGAUUCAUUCCGGUUCUCACCUGCCAAUCCCAAGGCCAUCGCCUACUCCUGUCCCAAGUGCAGGAAGAACCAGAUCAAACAAUCCAAGCUGGCCCAGAAGCAACAAAGAAUCGUCCAGCAACAACAACUUCAUCACAACCAGAAGAGGCCAGUGCCUCCUCAGCCCCAGGUCCAGGUCCAAGUCCAAGCACCAUCCACCGACACUCAUAUCCAGACUUUGCCAAUGUCUCAGUCAAUGUUCCAUCAUCAGCAACCACUCCAUCAGCAAGAUGUUGUCUACCUUCACCAUCGCAAGCAAAUCUCCACCGCCUCGUCUCAACAACACAAUCAACUUCAACAGCUCCAACAACUACAACGCCAGAGAUAUCCUAGUGGAUUGACCAUUUGCCAAGAGCCAGAGCGCGCGGCAUCCUCCUCCAACACCAACGCCUAUUUCUCCAUCUCUCCAAGUCCAACCAAGUUCAAGAUUUCUACACCAUCGAUCGCAUCAACAUCAACCAUCCAACGCUAUCCAACUAGCAGGGAUGUUAACCACAACAACAACAUCAACAACAGUACCAGCACGAGUUGGACUACUAAUCGCUUCGUUGGACAUUCACCUCCAUUCCAUCAUCAACGUACCAAUGACAUUGUUCAUGUGCCAAGAUUGAACAUUAGCUCCAUCAAGAAUCAAUCUUCAUCAUCAUCAUCGUCGUCUACGGCAUCAUCUCCAACGUCCACUUCGUCAAUGUCAUCGCCUCUAUCAUCCAAUCUAAACAACAUUGUACAUUGUAAUGGAUAUGGUGAGGUUGAUGUCAACAGCAAUGUAAACCAAUGGAAGGAGAUUACAGAGUAUCGUGCACAACUAUUGCGCGUUCAACAACAACAACAACAACAAUCGUCCAAUAACAACAACAACAACAACAACAAUGAUGAUGAUACUACGAGUCUAGAAGAACAACAAACAAUCCACACUGACGUUGAUAUCAACGCCAACACCAACAACAUGAAUUAG